GAUUUUGUCAGCCUCGAUUAUUGUUGAAAAAACGAUUUAGACUUGGUCAGCCUCCGCAUAUGAAGGAAGACUUGUUCCUCAUCCAAUUCCACCAUUUCUAUCCUUCCCCCUCUUCCCAAGUGACCAAAAACACCAGCUACUUCACCUGCAGCAAGCAUGGACUUGCUCACUGUCAUGGCGACAUUAGGCCUUCUGUUGUCAGCUGCGUGCGCCUUUGUGUUUCUCCGCCGAUCAAACAGCAGCCCCAGCAACAACAACAAUAAGCAGAAGCAGUAUGCUCCUGCAAUUGGGACAAUUCUGCAUCAAAUUGUCAACAUCCCAAGGAUUUACGACUACCACACCGAGCUCUCGCGCAAGCACAAGACCUUCAGGUUCUCGAGUCCCUUCUGCCAGUACAUCUACACCGCCGAUCCUAUCGUCGUAGAGUACUUCCUCAAGACCAAUUUCCAGAAUUAUGGCAAGGGGUGGCUGCACUAUGAGAACCUGAAAGAUAUGUUUGGCGAUGGAAUUUUCUCUGUCGAUGGCGAUGAGUGGCGCCGCCAGAGAAAGCUUGCCAGUUAUGUGUUCGCCACAAAGACCCUGAGAGACUUCAGCUCUCCAAUCUUCAGAAAAAAUGCAUCUAAGCUUGCUCAUGUCGUUUCAUCCUGUGCUAAAAGUAACGAGAAGUUCGAUGUUCAGGACCUACUGAUGAAGUCGACAAUGGACUCGAUAUUCAGAAUUGGGUUCGGAGUAGAGUUGAAUUGCUUGGACAGCUCUGAUCAGGAGGGGAAUGAGUUUGCGAAAUCGUUCGAUGUCGCCAACGAGAUGCUCAUUCUGCGAUAUGUAAACCCGUUGUGGAAGGUUAUGAGGUAUCUGAACAUUGGAUCUGAAGCAAAACUCAGAGAUAAAAUCAAGCUUGUCAAUGAGUAUGUGCACAGAUUGAUCAGUAUCAGGAUCGAACAGCCUUCAGAAACAGGAAAUAAAUCAAACGAAGAUAUCCUGUCGAGAUUUCUGGACGAGCGAAAAAAGGAUCCACAAAGCAUCAGCCUUCAGUUCUUGAGGGACAUAAUGCUGAACUUUGUGCUCGCUGGGAAAGAUAGCACAGCAGGCACACUGGCAUGGUUCUUCUUCUUGAUUUGCAAGAACCCUUCUGUUCAGGAGAAGAUUCACAAAGAAGUCAUGGAAGUGACUGAAGCCACGGAGCCUGCGGUGGCUUUCGAUGCGUUCGCGGGGAAGAUAAGCGAGGAUUCGCUUAACAAAAUGCAUUAUCUUCAUGCUGCGCUCACUGAAACACUUAGGCUGUAUCCUCCUGGCCCCAUGGACGGUAAGGUUUGCUUCUCGGACGACACUCUGCCUGGAGGCUACACUGUAAGAAAAGAUGAUGUUGUGUUCUACCAGCCAUACCCAAUGGGGAGGAUGGAGUACUUGUGGGGUGCAGAUGCCGAAGCUUUUUGCCCGGAGAGGUGGCUGAACGACGAUGGCAUCUUCCAACCUGAAAGCCCAUACAAAUUCACAGCUUUCCAAGCUGGGCCAAGGCUGUGCUUGGGGAAAGAGUUUGCCUACCGACAAAUGAAGAUAUUCACAGCGGUGCUGCUGCGAUUCUUCGAGUUCAAGCUCAGCGACGAGGGGAAGAUUGCGCGCUUCAAAACCUCGAUGACUUUGCUGAUCGAUGGAGGCCUCUUCCUUGAAGCGUGCCGUAGGUGAAAUAUGGCUUGAACCAGUUUAAACACGGGUUCAAUGUAAUUCACUAACUCUGCUUAUAAACAAGCUUAUAAAUGAAUAAACAAAUUUAUAAUAUCAA